AGGGGUUCUCAAAGUCCGGACUCCGGUCCGGAUCCGGACCCGGAGUGAAUUUGAUCCGGACCCGCGUCCACUUCAAGUGCAUUAAUUUCUGUGAUUGAUUAAUGUGUGCAUUUGCUACUUUAAAAACGCAUAUUAAACUUAAACCAUUCGUUUAGGUUUUUUUUAAUUUCAUUUUAGAUUUAAUUAGAUUAUUCCUUGUCCGAAAAUAAAACGAGUUUUUUUUUAUUCACGUGUGACGCUGUAGCCAUGGCACCCAGUAAAAGCAGACGUAACCGACGUUUGACGUAAUCAGAGCGCCACCGCUGCUUUACCGUGGUGUAAAUGUACGGAUAGUUAGGUUGAGGAUGCUUUCAAAAAAAAGAAAAGUUGACGAAGAAAAUCGUGUUUUUAAAGACGACUGGACAGAGAAGUAUGCUUUUAUUUUACCCCAGUCCAGCGCGAAGCCGUUUUGUUUAAUUUGCAGCGAGACAGUUGGAGUUGUGAAGAGUGGAAAUGUCAAACGCCACUAUGAAACGAAACACAGAUAUUUUGAACAGCAGUAUCCACAGAAUACAGAGGUGAGGACAAUAAAAUUACGACAGCUAAAGUCUUCAUAUGAAUCAGCAAAUAAGUUGCUUGUGAGAGCUCUGACACAUCAAGAGAGAGCUACAGAAGCCUCUUUCCGUGUGGCCUGGGUACUAGGUAAAAACAAAAAGCCCUUUUCUGAUGCAGAGGUAGUAAAAGAGUGCUUUGUUGAGAUAGCAGAGGCUUUGUUUGAGGGAAAGGAGAGACAGGAGAUGUCAGAGAAAUUUAAGAAAAUUCCAUUAUCCAAUGAUACCUUAACUAGGAGGACUGAGAUACUUGCACAUGAUUUAGUUAAGCAGUUAGCUGAUGACAUCAAAGAUGCACCCUGCCUUUCACUUGCAGUAGAUGAGUCAACAGAUGGCACAGACCAAGCCCAGCUAUGUGUGUUUGUCAGAUACUUCAGCAAGGCAAAGGGGACAUUCUGUGAAGACUUACUGGGCCUUACACCACUCUGUCACACUAAAGGAGAGGACAUCUAUGAAGCUAUCAUGCAGAUGCUUAAUGAAAUAGGAACUGAUGUCAAAAAUGUUGUGUCCAUCACUUCUGACGGUGCUCCAGCUAUGAUAGGGAAGGAGAAGGGAGCUGUUCAGCGUCUGAAAGAGAAGCAUGUAGACCUGCUGACAUACCACUGUAUAAUACACCAGUCUGUGCUGUGUGCUAGCCUAGGAAAAGAAUAUGCAGGCGUCAUGGAAACUACUAUGAAGCUUGUGAAUUACCUCAGAGCAUCUUCUGCCCUUCAGCACCGUCUUCUGCGAGCAUUCCUGACUGACGUAAAUGCUGCAUAUAAUGACUUACUCCUUCAUAACAAUGUGAGGUGGCUGAGUAAGGGAAAGGUCCUGGAGAGGUUUUGGGCCAUCAGGAAAGAUUUGGAGAUGUUUUUGUCUCAGCAAAAGAAUGUCAAAGCCAGGCAUUUCUUGGAUUUUUUGAAGAAUGAUGACAACUUGGAGCUUGUGGCCUUUUUAGUGGACAUAACAUCUCAUCUAAAUGAACUUAAUCUGAAGCUUCAGGGCCAAGGCAACACAGUGUGUGAUCUGAUAGCAGCUGUACGCUCCUUUGAAAGGCGUCUGGAGAUCUUUAAGAGUGACAUCACAGGGCCACAUAUUCACUUUCCAACUCUUCUCCAGCAGACUAAUGGUAAUCACCAUUAUCACCAUCUUUCCUUUUUGGAGAAGCUAGCUAAAAAUUUCAGGCAGCGCUUUGAAGACUUCAAUGUAGGCAGACAAGUGCUGCUUUGCAUUACAUCUCCAUUCCUGGUAAAGAAUGUUGAGGAGUUUUCAAAAGAAACCAAGAGCAUCUUCUCAUGGGCAAACAUUGCAUCUCUGCAGACUGAACUCAUUGACUUGCAGGAAAAUGUGGCUUUGCAGGAAGUGGACUGUGACACUUUUACCUUUUGGACUAAAAUGGUCACAGCUGAAAAUGUUUCCAACCAACAGAAGGUAGCCAUCUAUGUUCUUGCCAUGUUUGGUUCAACCUAUCGGUGUGAAGCUGCAUUCUCAGCAAUGAAUGUUGUAAAGAACUCAUACCGCAGCAGCUUGACUAAUGAACAUUUAUAUCAGUGUCUCCGUCUAGCAACCACACCUUUUGUGCCACGGUUUAGGCAUCUGAUGGAAGACAAACAGUGCCACUUCUCUCAUUAGGCUGCUCUGUAUUUUGCACCUUGUUACGUUUGGCAUAACGUAUUCUCGUAUUUCAUGUUUAUAAAAAAUGCUGUUUUGCACUUUUUAUGAAUUUACUUUAAAUGCAAAAUGCACUAGUUAUGAAUGUAAUUUAAAAGAAAAUCCAUUAAAAAAAUAUUUGUUCCUUUGUUAUAUGAAACAAAUGAUGUACAUAUAGUUAUCAACUUGAUGAAUGAACAUUUAGGUCAGUGUCUCUAUCAAGCAACCACACCUUUUUUGCAGUGGUUUAGGCAUCUGAUGAAAGACAAACAGUGCCACUUCUCUUAGGCUGCUCUGUAUUUUGCACCUUGUUACGUUUGGCAUAACGUAUUCUCGUAUUUCAUGUUUAUAAAAAAUGCUGUUUUGCUCUUGUUAUGAAUGUACUUUAAAUGCAAAAUACACUUGUGGAUCUACUUUAAAAGAAAAUAAAUUUUCAAACAAUCUGUGUUGAUUUGUUAUAUAAACAAAUUAUUUACAUAAAGUUACCGUGCUUAAAUUUUUUGUAAUAACCAGUUCCGGACCUAUGAAAAUGAUGAGAAUUCAGAUUUGGACCUUUGAAUGUAAAC